AUGACCAAGGUUCUGGAGUAUGAACCCUUGAUCGACGAAACACUGGAUAAGUUCGUGGAGAAGCUGCUGAGAUUCGUCGAUUGCGAGAACACAGGGAAGACGUGUCCCGCAAACGAGUGGAUUGGAUUCUUCAGCAACCCGCACCGCGACAAGCUAAUGGCAUUAUUUGUAAAAUUCACAAGUCUCCCAAAUCCUAUGGACAGUCUCCUCGACAAGAACCCGAUCAAGCGCGUCGGCCCGAAGACCACACUAACCGGGAUUCUCUCUGCCAUCAUGCGCGCCAUUCUCUACUACCUGGCCAAGUCGCCCUCGGCUUCUUCAAGACUCGUCGGCGAAUUGCAAGAAGCCUCUCUCCCGGCUCCUACGCUCUGGAGGCUCAUCUGGGAUCUUACUACCUUUACGAUCAACCUCGAUAUCGAGAUGAUUUCUAACGUGUUGUGCCAGAGGGCGGGUUCACUCUGCUGGAGGUACGGACCUAUCUUCAGAGACGAUGUAGACACCUUUAAUCUCGGCCGCUGGCUGCAAGGUGAGAGCGAGAGUGCCGAGCAGUUUGAGUCCCGAUCCAGACGUAUGAAGGAUACCGUCGAUUUUGUUUUCGGGGGAGGUGGUCGUGUCUGCAUGGGGUUAUAUAUGGCUAUGUUGGAAAUCAAGAAGUUGAUUGCGACCUUGUACAAUCAGUUUGAUAUUUAA